AUGAGUUCUUCUGUCAAUAAUAAUAUUAUUAUGAAUACUGAAGAGAAUGUGGCCAAAGAGCAUGAAGAUCCCAGUUUGUCCUCUGCCAGUCUGACAAUUGAGUUUGAACUAUUGGGAAAAACCUUUCAUCCAGUGUUUACCCAUCAAGCAUUUCCAGGAGAACACAUCAGAGGAUACCAUCCUCCACUUCAGAAAAUCCUCCAUCUACCCAAACCUAAUAAUAAUUCCAACAAUCUACAUCAAAAUCAAGAGAAGGAUGAAGAGGAUGAUAAAGACAAGACAAUGUUACCACACUCUUCCCACCGCCACCAUGAAACAGCCUCCAAGGAAUUAUCCAUCAAAGUCCAAUUGGCUCCUUCUUGUCAGCAAUGCCAUCUGGAAAUUGACAUGGAACAAAAGAGAUUGCCCAGAACUAAAAGUACCAGAAAUGCUGCCAACUAUGCCAAUAAAAAAAGGAAACUCAACCAUGACAAUCACAACAAUAAUGACAAUAAUCAGCAGCAGACUUCAAGUCCCAAGGAUGUCAAAAAUGUGCAACCAGAAAAUAAUCAAUCUGAUGAUCAAGAAGAUAGUGCCAAUGACAAUCCUAAGGAAGAAUCUGAUCAAGAUGAAGACACAUGUCAUGACAAUGAAGACGAGGAGGAAGAUCAGGAAGAUGACUCUGAAUUUGAAGAUGAAGGAAAUAUCAGUGAAGUGGACUCAGAGGAAGAACAAGCCAAGGAAGGAGCUACCAGGGGAGCUAGAAUGCCAACCAAAGAGAUUCAUCAGGCCAUGAAACAGGGAUUGCCAACCACUAUCAGUCACUCCAACAGCAAAAAGAAGCUUCAGGACGCUUUUCUCCGAAAACCACUAGGGAUUCAACUCGAGGAAUACGAAUCUAACCACAAAUCCUUUGUCAUCUGUCUCGCCGAUGGAUCGCACAAUGCCACGGCCAAAUACCAUGUCCAAGUACAAAAAAUGGCACUCUGGUUCAUUGAAACCGCCGAUGAUGUCGAUGUCACACAACAAGAUGGAGGAUAUUGGAAAGUACUCUACCUAUUUCAAAGACACAGUUCACGCACAAAACAACAGCAAUACUCAUUGGCGGGAUAUGUCACGCUCUUUUUCUUUCGAGCUCCCUUCAAAAAACCAAAAUCAGGUCUCGUCGUUCGCAUCUGUCAAGCGUUGGUGUUGCCGCCGUAUCAACGAGAAGGACAUGGUAAGCAACUGCUCACCUGUCUGGUCGAUAUUGCACAUGGGCAAUACGACAAUCUCUUGCAGCAGCACAGCCACAGCGACGAAGACAAUGACGAAAACGAUCAAGAAGAAAUUGUCGAGAUCAACGUCGAGAGUCCGGCUCCGGCAUUUGUCAAACUGCGCAAUCGAACGGACCUCGAUUGCUUUUUGCGAUCCCUCGAAAAGUCAACCACAACAACGGUCAACAACAACUAUCCCAAGCCUUGGAUACCACCAUCCAUCAACAAUCAGAAACCCGUCACCGAUCCAGAAUUCUUUGGCGCACUCUCCGACACACAACUCGUACAAGCGGCGGCCACGGCCAAAAUCAUUCCACGACAAGUACAGAUUGUCAUGGAACUCUACAAAUUGCAGCAACUCCAAGAGUACCUACACUUUACAACCAACAACAGUGCCAGCCACAAACAAGAACUCGAAAAACGAUUCCGGUUAAUGGUCAAGAAACGACUCAACAAGGAACAUCGAGAAGAUUUGAGCAGAUUUCGAACCAAGGCAGAAAAACAAGCCUUUCUAGAACAGGAAUUCCAAAAGUGUCUUGCGGGCUACAACGAAAUCCUGGCUCCCAAAAACAACAACCAAAAGAAGACGUCGUAG